AUGGAAUCAUCUGCUGCUAGGAUCAAUGCAGUUACACAUGGUGGUGAUACUGCUUUGGAGGUUACUGCUAUGGAGUUUGAUGAUAGUGAAGGUCUUCAAGUAGCUGUUGGAAGUAGUGCCGGAAAGAUCAGAUUCAAUGAUUCAUUUUGGAAACCAAUUGGACUAAUGCUUCUGGCUUUAGAUACUACCCUAAUCCCAUCUUACUUCAUACCUGAACUUGGUCCCCCUCCUAAAUGGUGUUCUCCUCUUGAAAACCUAACGGAAGAGAUGGGGGAAACUUGA